UACACAAAUGAUGAACAAGAAAGUCACAAUAAUAAUAAAAAGCCGAAAAGAAAGCCAUAAAAAAAAAAAAACAAGAUCCACCUCGAACCUCUCUCCACUCUCCCACUACACUCCAAUCCAAUCACAAUCAACCUCUCUUCUCUCUCUCUCUCACAACAACAACAACAACACCACUAUCUCUACCCCCUUGUUGUCUCCCAAACCCCAUCCCCAAUUAUCUCUCUCUAAUCCUUCAAUCAAAUUCCACAUCCAAUAAUGAGAGAAGACGAAUCAAAUUGGUUUUCACGAUGGGAAGAACAACUGCCUCCACCGGAAGAACUCAUGCCGUUAUCACAAACCCUAAUCACCCCUGAUCUAGCUAUGGCUUUCGAUAUCAGAAACCCUCACACCACAAACACCAACACUCUCAACGCUAAUCCGCAACACCAACAGUCUCAUCAAAAUCAACAUCAACAACAGCAACAUCAACCUUCUUCUCUUCCUUCCUCGACCGAGUUCGCCGAUUCCGGCGAACUCGGUUCGGGGACGGCCGGUGAAGAACCGGCCAGAACACUCAAAAGACCGCGGCUCGUUUGGACACCGCAACUUCAUAAACGUUUUGUUGACGCUGUGGCCCACCUCGGAAUUAAGAACGCUGUUCCGAAGACGAUAAUGCAGCUUAUGAGUGUUGAUGGGUUAACGAGAGAAAACGUGGCGAGUCACUUGCAGAAAUAUAGGCUUUAUCUUAAACGCAUGCAGGGGAUUUCCUCCGCCGGUGGCGGUGGUUCCGGUGGGGGGUCUGUUGGAGUCAAUGACCCUGCCACGGAUCAUCUGUUUGCUAGCUCGCCUGUGCCGCCGCAUUUUCUUCAUCCGGUUGCUCGGCCGAAUUCUGAUCAGUAUAUGCCUUUUGUUCCUGUACCUGUACCUGGCAUUCACCAUCAGCAUCAGCAUCAGCAGCACCUGGCGGCUGCUCAGUAUCAUCGGCCGGUCGGACAUUUUGGGUCGCCGCCGAAUGGGCACUUUGACAAUCCGUUCUUGUCUAGACAGCAACAUCAACAACAUCAACAGCAACACCAACACCAGCAGCAGCUUCAUAGGAUUGGGGCACAAUUGCAUCACAAUCCUGUUGGUGGUUAUGUCGAGGAUAUGGAAUCGGGGAAUGCGUCGGGAGGGAGAAAGGUUCUUACUUUGUUUCCAACCGGAGAUGAUUGAAUUUGGAUUAUAAUUAUAUAUAAUGUUAGAUCAUUGCUGGUGUAUUUAAUGUUUGGUCAGGUUCUUAGUUGUUAAUUUGUGUUAGGCUCAUUGGUUAUCUUGGUGUUAAUGUUACUAAUUGGUAUUGGAGUUGGAGUCUAUAUUCAAAGUUAAACUAUGCAGAUCCAAAAGCUCAACCGGUCUAUUAUCGAGUCCUAUAGAAAAGAAAAUUCCUUCUUCAGUUACCCUGUUCGUGUCGCGGUCUAUAUAUUCUGCAUCGGCUUCUGUUGACUGACAUUCAUCAUGAAUCAUGAUGUUACUUUUGGGAGAGAUUAUGCUAUCUCUGUCUUUGAAUCAGUAUUUGUGUGCUAUUUAAGGCUUCUUCUAUGUUGAUUUAUCACAUGGAUGUCUGAUAAUCGGCUGCAUCGCAAUUGUAAUUCAGAGUAUUACGGUUUGGGAAGUUUUGAAUUGGUAUUCAUGGCAGAGUUGUAAAAGCUGCAAGUUUGGUACUUAUCUCUGCAGAAAGACAUUAUCUCGGUAAAUACUAAGAGAAGCAUAUCCGAUUGGCACAUAUGACUGUGAAUUCUUCUAAAUUUGGGAGCCUCUAUGGUGAAAGACUUGUCUUUUCUGUGUAAUAUAGAGGUGAGUUGUACAUUGUUUGAUUCUAUAGAAAAGACUCAAAUGCCUGAUGUAAGGCAGUUGUUUAAAAUUCUAAUCUUACUCCAAUGUGAGGUUAAUUUCUCUAUGCUAGAUGAAAGUAAAACUAGUUUCUUUAAUUUCUGGGUUAACCCUGUUUAAAAGAACACAAUAAGCUCAUGUUUACUUAGUUGUGUAUUUCUUCGUAUUUGACUAUCAAAUUGCUCUUAACCAGUAUCUUAGCAUACUAUGUUUUUGAGGCACAUUAAUGUUCCAAGUUCCAAUUGUUCAAAUUGACUUUCUUUUUCUAGUUUUGGAUAUCGAAUUGAUGUGUACUUAAAUUGAGAGACUGUUAAAAUACAUUAUGUGAUGUGGCGUUCUGUUAGAAUGUUCGAAUUAUAGAAUUCUGAUAUUUAUCUGACAUUGAGCUUCACUAAGUUUGAAAAUUUCGACUCCGGUCAUUUGCAUAAUGUAGUUUAGGGCCAUCAUCUAGGAUGAGCAUAAAUUUUUGGUUACUCUAAUCAUGUGUUCAUGGGAACAUUAUGAGUUUUCGGUUCUGUCUAAUUUCCAGAGUUUGUUUGUGUAUUGUCUGCCAUCUUUCGAUUUUUCUUGAAUGUAUGAAGAAACAUUAAUUCUGGCUUCAGCGUGAUGAGAUCAUUUUUCGCAUAUAAACCAUUGAACCAUUUAGUCAAACCUGAAAAGGGGAAAAUUCUUGGUUAUUUGAUUGCUUGAAAUUUGUUUCCGUUGGAAUUCAAGUGUGAGUGGAUGAGUCCCACAUCAAUUAGAAAUGGAGAAAAUCUUAAAUAUUUAAGAGAAAAUUCCCAUACCCCUAAGCCUUGCUCCAUGAAAUCAUGUAAAUGUGUUGUCAUCUCUAACUUAUCUUUGUUUUCUCAAUAUUGUAAGCAAUUCAAUUUAAGCAUAAUUUUAAGAGUGACAAUAUCUUGAAUUCAGAAUUAUCUCUAAGACGAAGUCAUUAUAAACAAACAAUAAAUUUUAUUAAUAUAAUUUUUAAUCAUUAUCAUUAUACAUUAUUAUCAAGCUUACUAA